UUCCAGCAUGCGCUCGUUGAACCGACCGUCAGGUGAGCUCCGGUCGGUCCGUCGGUUCCUUGCCGCCCUGCUCGGAUCAGAUCUCCCGGUUCUCCUCCGGACCCAGACGGUCUCAGCUCCGGAUCCGGUCCCAGUCCCUGCUGCUGCUCCGGUACCCGGGUUCAGACCUGCUUCUCCGCGACUCUUUCUUCUCUUUUGGAGUUUCGUCUCCGGGUCCGUUGCUUGGGUCCGGGUCCCGUUUUAGACAUGGGUUGGACUGUGGUGGUCCCGGUGUCUGCUGUCAAUCAAGCUGGGUUGGACUCACGGUGGGAGUCCCCGGACGGACCGGACGUUCAAGUGAUUGACGUGUUGAGUCUGCAGGACUCGAAGCAGAGCGUGGCGGCGGUGGAGAAACUGUCGGGAGGUCUGAGCGCGCUCAGUGACGUCUACGCGGUGUCAACGUUGCGGCUGCCGCCGAAGUUGGGCGGAGUCCUGCUGGGUCUCUACAGCAAACAGGACAACAGGAAGUACCUGGAGCUCGCCGUCAUGGGGAAGAUCAAUAAAGUCUUGGUCCGUUACGUCCGAGCCGACGGGAAGAUCCACACGGUCAACCUGCAGAACGCCAACCUGGCCGACGGCCGCACCCACUCCAUCAUCCUGAGGCUGGGCGGUCUCCAGCGCGAGCACCUGCACAUGGAGCUUUACGUGGACUGCCGACUGGCCGACUCCAGCCAGGGCCUGCCGCCGCUGGUCCCGCUGCCCAGAGAGGCCGACAUGGUGGAGAUCAGACACGGACAGAAGGCCUACGCCCGACUGCAGGGUGCAGUGGAGUCCCUCAGACUGGCUCUAGGUGGCAGCGUUGCUAAAGCUGGAGCUCUGACGGACUGUCCGUUCCAGGGAGACUCAUCAGCCUACAACUCAGAGACGUCUCUGCGCUCCCUGCAGUUCAUGUGUAGCAGUUAUCCCGACGCUUUUCACAACCACCCUCACCGAAGAAUUAGAGGUUCCCAGAAGUUGGUUUCUAAAAUUCAUGGUGGUCAAUUCCUACAGUUUGGUAUAUUUACUGCUGAAGCCUUCCAGAAUGUCGUGGAGAGGGACUAA